AAUCGCCCGCUUUCUUCGCCGCGUGCUCUGAUUGGCCGAUCGCGGCUGUUGCCACGGUGAUAGUGUAGUAACCGAGUUGUGACCCCGCCGCUUUUACCGUAUAUGGAAGAGCAACGCCCUCUCGGCGAGCGCUGAUUGGUCGGCGUGCGUUCUCCCCCCAAUGUUUGUAAAUUGUAGUCUGGAGACGCCGCAGUGUGGAUCUCACCGCGCAAAUGUAUUUUCUAAUGUUGAUAAACUUCGCUUGUUGGGAUUUCAUUUGAAAAGCGAACUCAACGGACUGUAGAAAAAAGAGCGGGACUCGAACCUGUGCGACGCUGUGGAUCUUGAAGAACCGAAGCAGGCAGCAACAGACGGCAUCAUGGUGCGUUGUCCGAUGGAGACCGGCGAGGAUUUGACGGCGGCAGCAGCCAGAGGGAGUACGAGCGAGGUGCAGCGGAUCCUGGAGGAGAGCGGAGUGCAUCCCGAUACUGUCAAUGAAUUUGGCAGGACUGCGCUGCAGGUGAUGAUGAUGGGGAACUCCAAAAUCGCCACACUGCUGUUGGAAAAAGGAGCAGAACCCAACGUCCAGGACAGACACGGGAUAGCUCCCGUCCACGAUGCAGCUCGUACGGGAUUCCUGGACACUGUGCUGGUUCUGGUGGCGCACGGUGCUUCAGUAAAUAUCCCGGACCAGAGUGGCACCUUGCCUAUUCACAUUGCCAUCCGCGAAGGUCACCGGGAUGUUGUGGAGUUCUUGGCCCCACGGUCCGACCUGAGGCACGCCAACUUCAGCGGGCAGACGGCGAUAGACGUGGCCCGAGCUUCCGGCGAGCCCGAUAUGAUUGACUUAGUUUUCGCUCACAUACAUCGUUAGGCAGUCUGUGGUGCCAGGUGCCUUCUGGGUCACCAUAACCUCAUGUUUUGUUUUGCUUCAAACCUGGUGACUUGAAUUCAUUGGUGUGUAAAGGAUUAAUGUUUUGUUCAUAGUGGUUCAGCAUUAAUAUGUGACACAGGACAUAUUGUCUUGGCAGCUUAUUUUCAGUUGAUGGGUGGCUACAUACAGUAGACACCUCUUUUGCACAGUGCAGUUUAGGCACCUUAUAUCUCUGUUUUUCCCUAUUAACUGGGA